AUGAGAAAACAUACUUCGUCUCCCGGUUCAGAUGACUUCCAGUCCGACACAAACAAACCGAAAAAGUCUCGGCAAACACGUAAAGUGGAGAAGCCAACCCGAGUUUCAAGGGAAGAAGACCCUGACUUCGAGUGUGUAAGCCAACCCGGAGAAAGCGACAGUGAAGAAGAUUUGGAUGAGGAAGACUCUCCUGCUGAAUUGUUGACGAAAAAAGGAAAGAAAAGGACAGCCAAAAAAAGGGACGAAGUCAACAGAUUGAAGAAAAGAAAAAUGGACAAUAUUGAUGUCACCAAGUCCACUCGAGAUUUUCAGAAAGGAAUAAAAUACAAGGAAUGGCAAUUGCUCAUUCCGCACCCCAGGGACAUAAAUGUUAAGGUCCAAAACAGCAACGAUAACAGCAAAGAUCGAUCCACGAUCAACGAUAUCAAGAGGACUCUUACUACCGAUCAAUUGGAAGCAUUCAGAAGAUCACCAUUUGGGAAGUUCCUUGAUCUCCCUCAUUGCAUAGUACAGGACCAACUCAUCAACCUUAUAAUCUUACGUGAGGUUCAUCAGAAUAGGAGCGAUGAGGUUUGGUUCGAUUUUGGAGGCAAGUUACUUCGUUUCGGUAUAGAGGAAUUUGCUGUUAUAACCGGAUUGAAAUGUGUUGGAAAAAGCAAAAAGCUGAACAUUCCAAAGAUAUCCAGUGGGCUACACGACAAGUUUUUUGAUGGUGUAGAACUGAGACGUAACCACAUCAGGUGGCAAUUUCUUAAGAAAGCAUGGUCCAAUGAUGAGGAUGCGGUCAAAUUUGCGAAGUUACACCUACUGGCAAAUUUCUUGAUGGGCUCACAAGAAGCCCUUUGCAUUGACCGCUGCUACAUUGACUUGAUUGACAGUCCAGAGUGUGAUGACCACGCUUGGGAAAAAGAAGUUUUUGAUUUCACUCUUUACUAUAUGAAGAAGUCAAUUCAUACAAGAGAGCAAAUGCACAUUUAUGAAAAGCCCGAGGGUGCUGGAUAUCUAUACAGGUGUUAUGGCCUUAUCUUGGCUCUCCAGACGUGGUUCUACGAGGUUUGCGACACCGCUGAAGGUGUAAUAUGCACCUCUGUUGGUGACCAUGAUAUGCCGAGGAUAUUGAAAUGGGAAGUUCGUGACAGUUACAGCCGCCUUUUUCUGCAGAGGACCUUCUUAAAUCUACCCCACACCAAGUUUAAAAACAUUGUUCCUACCGAGGAGGAGAAACAUACGCUUUCGUUGGACUCAUUUUUCAAACAAAAAAAUGACUUGACUAGGAAUGAGAUUGCAUCAAGCCCCACUACUCAGCAUCCCAACAAUGUUGAUGUUAUAGCACGUCUCGACUCAAUCAGCGCGGAACUCGAGGGCUUGAAACAGGCCUUUUUCGAGUUCUCAAGGCGUGUUAUGGCCGAAUUUGAGUUGUUUAGAGAAAAAUUCAUUACGAGUGUCAAGUCUCCCAUCAGAGCCUUCAGAACAAAAUCUGAAGCACUUAUGAAGAGCAAAGCAGACAAAUUUGUAGCAGUACAAACCUUGCCACAACCUGUUAGCCAUGUGCCAGUUCAGAAUGCACCCGAACCCGAUGUCCAUGUACCAAGUGGUGCCGACGACGACGACCCAUUUCCCUUGAUUAACACCCAAUUUUUAGAGGAAAUUGACCGGACUUUGCAGGAAAAGUUGAAUGAAUCAUCCAAGGCGAAAGCACCGUCCGCACAUGUCCAGCAGAAUGUAGAUGAAGAGAGAUUCAAUACCGGACCUGUCGAACCUGCGGAAAAGAGUGAAGCUGCAAAGGGUGUUAAUCGAGGACCUGUUCAGGUCCAGCAGGAGGAUGUAGCUGAAAAGGGAUUGAAUGCCGUGCAAGACAAUGCACGGGGAAAUAGUGCUUUGGUGGUUUAUGAUCCAAAGGUAGAUUUUGUGAAGAAAACCACAAAAGCAAGAAAAAAGUUGAUGACAGAUGUUCCUGUAAAGAUACGACUUCAGCACUCGCGCCCACUAGCCGACGAUUUUGAUAUAACUAUAUCUGGAAGAGUGCAGACGAGAGCCUACGAUGAGUGGAUUGCUGAAGGAACUUUACAAUGUGCCCCUCGUAAAGUCGCAAACGGGUACAAUUAUUAUAAGGUAAAGAGCAAAAACUUGCCAACACCGUUUGAUUUCAACGUUGCUUCUGUGACCGACAAGAAUUGGUUCUAUCACAUUAAUGAGACAGGAUGCUUCCUUGACAGCAGUCACUUGGAUGUUCUUUUUUAUUAUUUGAGGAAGUUUGGCAUAUAUGGGAACGCCGCAGUCAGGUUCACAACGACAGAUGUGUUGUUCGACCAACACAUCAAGUCGUUGUACACGUCCUUUUUGUCUUAG